UCAUUUAAAUUUGCACUAUCCAGUCAUGCUAACAUUUAAAUCUUUUGUUAUAUAUAUCAUCAGUAAAAGUUACCGCCUAGCUAACAUCAGCUAACGUUAAAAAGCUAACGUUGAUGUUCGCCCCAAGCAGCUAAAAAGAAUGAAGUCAUUCUCGUCUUUUGUUAACGUUUCUCUGUAUUUUAUAAUGACGUCACCAGUUUUUCAACCAAUUUAAAGUGAGUCUCCUCAUCUGUAGUUCAAUCCACAAGUGAGUGUAACAUUUAAAUACUUUAUAGAUUUAUCCUGAGAAAGAGUUAUGAAGGUGAAAGUGUUCAUUAAUUAAAGAGCAACAAUCUAAAUGUUCCUAAAUUCAUCUCAGAACUGUUUAUUUACACAUACAAGGAGAAUAGUGCUAAACAAUAAACUAUAAACACAGCGCAAUAAUACGAGACAUAAUUUAAACAUAGAAAAAUAUUAAAAUGUACAAUAAAAUAUGGUAAACAAACAAAUAACAGUAAAGUGGCAAGUGUAUUUUAAUACAAAAAAGAUAACUACUACUUAUUACUGUAACAGUAACACAUUAUCCUGGAGAUUCAAGUGUAUUUUUUUUUUAUAUAGUUUGUAUUUGUUGUAGUUUUAUUCUUAUUGUUAUUUAUAUUGUGUUAUGUUUUGUGGUAUUUUUAUUCAAUUCAAACUUGUAGAAUCGUGUUUGCUGCCAACUGGUGGUCACAUUGUGUAACUGCAUUGUUUAAAUAGAAGUUCAAGGAAUAUUCAUAUUAAUUAUAUUUUAUUGUUAUAUCAUUUUGUUUAAUUUUGGUAGUUGUGUGUGAGAUAAUGAAGGAUUACAGUGUGUAACUUUAUUGUUUGAAUAGACGGAUGUAAUGAUACACUGUGAACUCUCCAUUCAAUCAAUCGAUCGGAUCCAGAUUUGGAUCCAGAUUCCGAUCCAGGAGCCUCCAGACAAACCGAAUCGCAGAUAAACAUAAAACGUCCUGUGUGAUGUGUGUUUGGACACAUCUGUCCACAAAACUUUUACAUUGAAAGGUCUGUAUUCGGCAGUGAACCGGAUGUAAUCAGAGCGCCAUAUUGGAUACAAAGAUCGAAACUGUUUGUGUUUCAGACUUUCUCCGACAGUUACAGACACGGCUGACCCAGGACAGGACUACCGUCUCUGAGGCCCGGAACACCGGUCCGUUUCCGGUCCAGAGAUCCUCCGUGAUGGAGCGGACCGACACGUUCGUGUGUCAGACGGAGCUGAUCAUGGAGACGGCGGUGGAAUCAGUCGUCUCUGUUCUCCUCCGAGAGACGGAGGACGGACAGGAGAGACGGGAUCAGCUGACGGCUGUCCUCCAUCUGAUGACCAGAGAAGCUGUUCGUAAGAUCUGCAGAGUUUUCAGAGAGCUGUGUGUGAGCUUAGUGACGGAAAAUGAAGCUCUAAAGGACAAAGUGGGACAUUUGGAGUGUGAACUGAAGACACAGACUGUUUAUAAGAUAAAACCAUCAGAUGGACCCGCCUCCUCUCUGGACAUCAACCAAUCAGCUGCCGACCCUGCAGCUCUGGCCAUGGCCAUCCUCAACUCUUCUAGAUCCAAAUCUAGAUCCAGACGCAGAGCCAGCGGAGACCCUCAGGUGCCUUUGGUCAUCAUCAGCCAGCCGCUCCACGGACCAAUCACAGGCCAGAGCAGCCCCGCCCCCCCGCUGCUGCCGAUGACACCCCAUCAAACCACAGACGGUCUUCAGACAGAGGUGGUGUUAGAAGUUAACCAGAUCUCCACCGAUCCUGAUCAUCAUCCACAGGAAGUGAUGUCACUUCCUGUGGAUGAUGAUCAGCCAACCAGUGAGCCCACAGGCCUACCGGUGAUCAACGGGGAAGACUCACCUGAAGAGGACCAGUCUGUAGAAACAGAAAUAAAGAUCGAAACCGUUGAAGCGACGCUCGCUGACAGUCAACCAGCUGUGGGUGAAGAGGAGCAGAAGGAGCUGGAGAGGAAGAGGAGGAGGGAUCUAUACAAAGAGAAGAGGUUCUUCUGUGAACUCUGUAACAAAGGUUUCCAUCAGAAACACCAGCUGAGGAAACACGUGUCCUGUCAUCUCAAACCUUUCCCCUGCAGCUCGUGUGACAAAGGUUUCUACAAGGCCAAGAGUCUGCAGAAACACCAGCUGAGCCACCAGCUGAGGGAGGCUCAGGAGAGCGACCCCGACAAGCUACUGCGCUGCGACCAGUGCGACAGGAAGUUCCGGCUGCUACGGCAGCUCCGAGUCCACCAGGCGUCUCACCGGCUGGAGAAAACACCGCUGCGGUGCUGCGUCUGCGACCGCUUCUUUACCUCAGCCGGCGCACUGCGGUACCACGAGGUGUCGCACGCUGAGGUGAAGCCCUUCAUGUGCGACGUCUGUGGGAAAGAAUUCACCAGAAAGAAGAGCCUCCGCGAGCACCAGACCGUCCACACCGGAGCUCGGCCCUACGCCUGCCUCGCCUGUGGGAAGAGCUUCUCCACCCCCAGCAACCUGCGCGUCCACAAGAGGUCGCACUCCGAGGUCCGGCCACACAAGUGCUGCGAGUGUGACAAGGCCUUCAAGUGUAAGAUGGGGCUGCUGCAGCACCGGGUGGUUCACUCCGGAGAGAAACCCUUCAUGUGUCAGACCUGCGGACUCAGCUUCGGCCUCAAGUACAACUUCCAGAGACACCUGCGCCUCCACAACGGAGAGAAGCCCUUCAGGUACUCAGUCUACAGGGUCAGAGGUCAAAAACAUCAACAUAAACACCUUUUAGCAUCAGUUCUUCAUUCAACUUCUCUAGUUACAGCUUCAAAAUGGCUCUGUUUACUCAGUAAAGUGACGUUUGAAGAUGACUGAAUCAUGAAUGUGUUCAAUCAGUAGUGGAUUGGCAGAUUAAUCGAUAAU